AGGGAGCGCACGACGUGCGCGCGCCCUCUCCCUCCUCCACCGCUGCCGCCUCCUUCUUCUGCCGCUCCUGGUGCUGCUUGUGUGCUCGUUCGGUGCGGACCUGGUACCUCUUUUGUGAAGCGGCAGCUGAGGAGACUCCGGCGCUCGCCAUGGCCGACGAAAAGCCCAAGGAAGGAGUCAAGACUGAGAACAACGAUCAUAUUAAUUUGAAGGUGGCGGGGCAGGAUGGUUCUGUGGUGCAGUUUAAGAUUAAGAGGCAUACACCACUUAGUAAACUAAUGAAAGCCUAUUGUGAACGACAGGGUUUGUCAAUGAGGCAGAUCAGAUUCCGAUUUGACGGGCAGCCAAUCAAUGAAACAGACACACCUGCACAGUUGGAAAUGGAGGAUGAAGAUACAAUUGAUGUGUUCCAGCAGCAGACAGGAGGUGUCUACUAAAAAGGGAACCUGCUACUUUACUCCAGAAUUCUGUUCCUCCAGACCAAGAAGACAUUCUCAAUUAGAAAACCGCAAUUUGGUUCCACCACAUCCUGACUACUACAGUAUAGUUUCUCUAUUCUUUCAUUUUCCCCUUCCCCAUUCCUUUAUUGUACAUAAAGUAACUGGUGUAUGUGCACAAGCA